AGAGCGGCGACAGCGAGGUCCCACCGACCCCACCUGAGCCCCCCGACCGGACCCAGGAGCCCCCCAGGACCCCCCGGCCAUGCCGUGGCCACCUCCGUCCACUCUGCCCGACACCCCCUUCCCCAACCUGGCUGUGGCCGUGGUGGCCGCGGUGGCCGAAGCUCUGCUGGCCCCCGGCUACUGGUCACUGGACCAUCUGCUGUCCCUGCAGCCCACCACGGCCCAGCGGGCGAGCUGGCGGCGCCACCGGGCCGGUCACUGCCUGGCUGUGGCCACCAGGCUGGUGGUGGCACCGGUGCUGGUUCUGCUGGUUCUGCUGGCGCUUCCACCGGCGCUGCUGGGCCUGGCGCUGUGGCUCCCGGCUCAGGCCAAACGCCGGUCAUUCGUCCAGCAGCGCGCGGCCGGAGCGGCCACGCCGCGGCCGUGGGACGCCAGGACCUCCAGGGGUUUCACCUUCCUGAGCGCCAACGUGUGCCUGCUGCCCGACGGCCUGGCCAGGUUCAGCAACCUCGGACACGGCCGGCGCAGAGCCGCGGUCAUCGGCCGGGCACUCGGCGGUGGUCAGCGGCCGGCGGCCGGAGAGGAUGAGGAAGGUUCUGGAUGUCGCCGGGGGUUGCUGGAGAUGGGGCGUGGGAAGGGGGGAGGUUACGGGGGGAUGGAGGAUCGGGGGGGACGCACCGGGGUGGACGCACGGACGGCCGGUGGUCAGUCGGAGGUGGGGGGGAGAGCGGGGGUGUGGCCGGAGGUGGUGGUGGACAGCACAAUGGUGGACAGCACAGUGGUGGACAACACAGUGAUGGACAACCCAACGAUGAUGGACAACACAGUGAUGGACAACACAGUGAUGGACAACCCAACGAUGAUGGACAACCCAAUGAUGACCAACCCAACACCAAUGACCAACCCAACGAUGACCAACCCAACACUGAUGACCAACCCAAUGAUGAUGGCCAACCCAACGAUGACCAACCCAACACCAAUGACCAACCCAACGAUGACCAACCCAACAAUGACCAACCCAAUGAUGACCCAUCCAAUGAUGACCAAUCCAGUGAUGAUGGCCAACCCAACGAUGAACAACCCAAUGAUGACCCAUCCAAUGAUGACCAACCCAAUGAUGAUGACCAAUCCAACGAUGACCAACCCAACACCAAUGACCAACCCAACAAUAAACAACCCAAUGAUGACCAACCCAACGCCGAUGACCAACCCAAUGAUGACCCAUCCAAUGAUGACCAAUCCAGUGAUGAUGACCAACCCAACGAUGACCACCCCAACGAUGACCAACCCAACGAUGACCAACCCAACACCGAUGACCAACCCUCGUCCAAUCGCUGACCCGGCACUGACCCCGGCACCCUCCCCAUCUCCGAGGCCGGAGCGGCCGAUCCCUCUGCCCGACCCCAUGCCGCCGGUGCUGACCGCCCGCGUCCCGCCGGACACCGACUUCCUGUGCCUCCAGGAGGUGUUCGACGCCGCCGCGGCCGCCGCGCUGCGCCGGCAGCUGGGCCGCCAUUUUCCCUACGUGCUGUGGGGGGUGGGCCCGGGGGGGCUGCGCUGCGGCCGGCUGCGGGUGCUGGGCAGUGGCCUCCUCCUGGCCAGCCGCUUCCCGCUGACCGCCGCCCGCUUCCACCCCUUCCCCGUGGCCGCCCGCGAGGACGCGCUGGCCAACAAGGGGCUGCUGGUGGCCCAGGUGCUGCUGGGGACGCGGCAGGGCCGGAGGGUCGUGGGGUACCUGGGCUGCACCCACCUGCAGGCGCCCGCGCCCGAUGCCACCAUCCGUGACCAGCAGCUGUCCCUGUCCCUGCGCUGGCUCCGGGACUUCCGUGGGGACCAGGAGCAGCCGGGGGACCUGGUGGCCUUCGAUGUCCUCUGUGGGGACCUCAACUUCGACAACUGCUCCCGGGGUGACGCCCAGAACCAGCAGCACCCCCUGUUCCAGGAGUUCUGGGACCCCGCGCGGCGCCGGCCCGGACAGGACCAGCCCUGGGCCAUCGGGACGCUGCUCGACUGCCUCAAGAUCUACGAGCAGCCGGUGUCCAACCCCGAGGAGAUGGAGAGGACACUGUCCGAGCCCUGGGGUCGUGGUCAGUUCCUGGCCGGUCCCAUCCUGUCCAGCGGGGCUCUGGACCCGAUGGCCGAGCGGCCGUGGCAGGGCCGGAGAGUGGACGUGGUGCUGCUGAGGAGGAACCCGGAACUGACCACUGAGGUCACCGGCCUCUCGGUCAUCACCCAGUUGGCCACACUGAGUGACCACCUGCCCGUGGCCUUGCGCCUGCGCGUGGGGCCCGCUGACCUCUGACCCCGGCACGGCCGCGGUGCUGGACACUGGACUGGACACUGGACCCUGAACUGGACACGGAACUGGACUGAACUGGACACUGAACUGGACACGGAACUGGACAUGGUGCCGGACACUGGACUGGACACAGCGCUGGACACUGGACACUGGACACUGGAGUGGACACUGGACACUGGACACUGGAGUGGACACUGGACACUGGACUGGACAGUACUGGACACUGGA